AUGUGGCGUUGGGCCGUGUGCAGCCUUGUGGUGAUGGUGCUGGGCUCAGGGUUGGUGGUGCACGCUGCAUUGGACAAUGAUGAGCCCCUUAUCGGGGUUGAUCUGAAUGGCAAUCUCUACAUCAACACCUCGACGGCGGGUGGCAAUCCACGCUUGCUGUUAAAUGGGGUCGAUGUGCUUCAGGAGCUGGCUGAGCUGCGUGAAGUAUGCUCUGAAAGGCCGGGGACGUUCUCAGGCACAGUUGACUGUCGGCUGGAGAAUGUGCCCCCGAAUGUGACGCACAUCUUGGGCAACAUCAGUCUGCUGUCCUGCCCACUCCUGGUGGCAGAGGAUCUGCAAGUUUUUGCAAAACUCGUGCAUGUCAGCGGAGACUUGAGAAUCGAAGAUAAUGGUGUGCUGACCAAUCUGGCUGGGCUUGGUAAUAUCGUCAGUGUCGGCGGCUACUUGUCCGUCAGCGAUAAUGGCGCCCUAACCGAUGUGGAUGGGCUUGGCAACAUCUCCAGCGUUGGCGGCUACUUGUCCAUCGUUUUCUGUUGCCGCAACCAGUCCAAUUACGUUUUAGCCAAUGUGGAUGGACUUGGGAGCAUCACCGGCGUCGACGACUGCGUGUACAUCAGUGUGGCCAGUUGGCGUGGACGUGGGCGAGCGGAUUCGCACAACGUGUAUGCGCGUCCAGUGAUUGAUUCGGUUGCAUCCAUGAUGUGCGCGACGGGUAGCGUCUAUUCCGAUGUCUUAUUCUUCUGCAUCGAACAGGGCAAUGAUGGUCUAACAAAUUUGAACGGGCUUGGAAAUAUCACCAGUGUCGGCGGCUACGUGUACAUCUACCUCAAUUCUGCCCUGACCAAUCUGGAUGGUCUUGGAAGCGUAUCAAGUUUAGGCGGCUACUUACAGAUCCGUUCCAAUACUGCCUUGAGCGAUGUGAAUGGACUUGGAAGCAUCACAAGCGUGGGCGGUUACUUGAACAUUAGAGAUAAUGACGUAUUGAGCAAUGUGGAUGGACUUGAAAAGAUCACAAGCAUCGAUGGCUUCUUGCACAUCAGAUCCAAUGCGGCCCUGAGCAAUGUGAAUGGACUUGGAAAUGUCGCAAGCGUCGGCGGCUUUCUGUACUUGAGAAACAACGACGCCUUGACCAAUGUAGAUGGCUUUGGAAGUAUCACAAGGCUCAUCAGCAACUUGGACAUCUACGACAAUGGUAACCUGACCAAUGUGGAUGGACUUGAAAAUAUAACCAGCGUUGACGGCUUCUUGUCCAUUAGAUCCAAUCCCGCCUUGACCAAUGUGGGUGGGCUCGGCAGUCUUGCCAACAUUGGUGACUAUUUGCACAUUGAACACAAUGGCAACCUGACCAAUGUGGAUGGACUUGGACGCACGACCCGCGUCGGUGGCAACUUGGAAAUUAGCUACAAUUCCGUGCUGGCAAGUGUGAGUGGACUUGGAAACAUUAGCAGCGUCGAUGGCAGCCUACGAAUUUGCUCGAAUCCUCAACUCAACACAUCAACAGUACCAAACUUGAUUCAAUUGUCGGGUUCUUGCCGCGUUGUCACCAGCGAAGAAUGCACGCCUUGCUGA